UCCCCCCGCCCAGUGCCGGAGCCGCCCCCGGUUCCCGCUGUUCUUGUACCAGUCGGGCCCGCCGCUGUUCCCGGSUGCGCUGAACAGAGCGGGGCUCCCCAGGCCGGACUGCGCAGCACUAUGUGGCUACAGGCGCUGCUCUUCUUCUCCCCCCUUCUCCUCCUCCUACUCCUUCUCCUCCCGCUCCUCUCCUUCCUGCUCCCGUGGUUCGGGGGCAGCCGCAACCCCUUCGCCACCGACACCCGGCGCCCGCCCGGCCCGCUCGUCACCGACAAGGCUGUGCGCAGGAGCGUCGUCAAGACAGUGUUCUCGCCAGAGAAGGUGCCUCAGGGGCUCGAUGCCAUCGUGGUGGGCAGUGGCGUGGGCGGCCUGGCGGCUGCGGCGAUGCUGGCCAAGGCCGGCUGGCGUGUGCUGGUGCUGGAGCAACACGGCAAACUGGGAGGCUGCUGCCACACCUUCACCGAGAAGGGCUUUGAGUUUGACACUGGGAUCCACUACGUGGGGCAGAUGCAGGAGAGGUCCCUGAUGCGGUUCCUGAUGGACCAGCUGACGGAUGGGCAGCUAGAGUGGGCCAAGCUCCCAGACACCUAUGAUGCCGUGGUUUUGGGGGACCCCCAGGCUGGUGGCAAGACCUACUACCUGUAUUCCGGGAAGCGGGAAUAUUACCAGAGGCUGAAGGARCAGUUCCCCGGGGAGGAGGCAGCCAUCGAUGAGUUCCAGCGGUUGGUGAAGAGUGCUGGCCGUGGAGUUACGGUGCUGGGCAUGCUGAAGAUGCUCCCGCGGUUCCUGGUCAAGCUCCUGGUCCACUCGGGGCUGCUCCCGCGGUUCUGYCCCUUCUCCCGCCUGGCCUCACGCAGCGUCAAGGAGGUGGUGGAUGGGCUGACCACCAACCCUGAGCUCCGGGCUGUCCUCAGCUACAUCUUCCCCACCUACGGUGUGAUCCCCUCCAAGGCCAGCUUCUCCAUGCACAGCAUCCUGGUGGACCACUUCCUCCACGGUGCGUGGUACCCCAAAGGCGGGUCUGGGGAAAUCGUCUUCCACACCAUUUCCACGAUCCGGAAGGCUGGAGGCAACGUGUUUGGGAAGGCACCGGUGCAGAGGAUCCUGCUGGACCCCCAGGGCAAAGCUUGUGGUGUGAGUGUCAAAAAAGGCCAGGAUUUGGUGGACAUCUUYGCUCCUGUGAUCAUUUCGGACGCUGGGAUCUUCAACACCUACGAGAGGCUGCUGCCRGCGGAGGCGCGGGCUCUGCCGGAGAUCCAGUCCCAGCUCAGCAUGGUGACCCACGGCGAGGCGGGUUUCACUGUCUUUGUUGGCCUCAAUGGCUCGAGGGAAGAGUUGGGACUGCAGCCCAUCAACUACUUCAUGUACCCAGAGAGUGACCUGGAUGGAAUAAUGCAGCGCUACGCGGCUUUGCCCAGAGAAGAAGCUGCCAACAACAUCCCUAUCCUGUUUGUCACCUCGCCGUCAUCCAAGGACCCCACCUGGGAAAUGAGGCACCCAGGUAAAUCCACRCUGGCCAUCGUCAGCUUCGCCAGGUACGAGUGGUUUGAGGAGUGGAAGGACCAGCAGGUCCACAAGCGGGGGGAUGACUAUGAGGAUCUGAAGAAGGCUUUUGUGGAUUCCGUCAUGCAGACUGUCAUCAAGCUCUACCCUCGCAUUGAGGGCCGGAUUGAGUACCUCUCUGGUGGGACUCCCAUCACCAACCAGCACUACAUUGCCAGUCCCCGUGGCGAGUUGUACGGCGCUGACCACGGCAUCCCCCGCAUGCAGGCUGAAGUYCUGGCGGCCUUGCGGGCACAGACGCCUGUGCCCAACCUGUACCUGACAGGGCAGGAUCUGUGCCUGGGGGGUUUCAUGGGAGCCCUGCAAGGAGCCAUCAUCUGUGCCAGCGCCGUCCUCAAGCGCAACCUCUUUGUGGAUCUGGUGCGGCUGCAGAAGMGCUUGCAGGCCACCAACUCCAAGAAGGGAGACUGAGAUCAGCCAUCACAGCAGCUUGGACCCCCUGUCUCCACUGCAUCACCCCCACCUCCCUCUCAGCUGUCAUCUCACACCUGUAGCAGAUCCAUCUCUCUCUGAAGCCUGGGGAUUUCAACCCAGGCAGAUGCAGUUCCUGUUCCCAGACAGAUCGUGUUCAACCUCACCCCCACAAAAAAUAAAAAUGCAUCCCCUUCACCAUCA